UAGGGAAGCAGAUGCCUCUCAGAUCCCCCAAAUCGGAAGAGCCACCUCCCCUCGCGCCCGCCAUCGCUCGCUCCCUCCUCCGCCGAACGCCGCCGGUCGCCGGCGCUUCGACCGUCGUCCUCCCGCCGGUUCGCCCCGAUCCGUCCUUCCACUCGUGCAUCAGCAACAGACUUCGGCUCACAGCCUUGGAAGCUCCAUGGGAGAAGGGGAGGCAACAGUAAGUGUUGAAAUUGCUGGUCAGAAUCAGCAUAAGGAUGAAGGAGGAGAAGUUGGCACUGAACCAAUGAAUCAGAACCUUAAUGUUUUAGAAUUCCUGGAUUCAUUGGACAGCUAUCUUAUCCUCAUGGAUUCUUUAUCCUCGACACUUCGCCAGGGGUGGUUUGAAUUGGCUGGUGCACGACAUUCCAUGGGUGCUUCACGGAUCAAUAGUGCUCUAUUGGACCUGAAGGACCAUUCUGCUGCUACACACUUGCAUGCAAAUCAUCAUGACUUUGAAUCCACUGCAAGAGAGCCUCUGUUUCACCUGUGUAAGUGGGCCUCAUCCGUUGAUACCCAAGAAUGUUGCUCUAGUGAAGAUAAAAUUGGCAAGGAAAAAAUGCAGGAGAAAACUGAUGGUACACAGAUACGACGACGUGGCACUGCUGCAUCUUCUGAAUUGCAGGAGAAAGUGUCGAAAGAUGGAGUUUCUCAACCAGUAGUUAACAACAUGGUCCAGAAGGAGCGAGCCAGAUCGCUCUCUGUGUUUGGAACUCUAGUAUCUCCAAAGCUUCGAGCUGCUCAAUUUUCAUUUGAAACAGCAUUGGAGACACUUGUACAGAUAGCAAACAUGCGUUUAUCUAUUCUAUCUACAUUUGAUGAAGUCAAGAAAGAGUUGGAUGAAAUGAAGCCAUGACUUGUUGACCGCUUGGCCUUUUAUGGUAUAUGAAUGAGUUUACUACAAACAGACAUCAGUUAUCUUAACAUUCUCCACAUGUAUACAUACGAGAACACCAUCCUUGAGGAAGAGCACUGGCAGAUUGUUCCACUUUAAACUUUAUCUCGAGUCAAGUUGGGAUCAUGCAUUCAGUGAGAAUCUGUGGAAAUUACUGGAGGUAACCAAGCACUAAAGCACACGCAUUCUUAAGAACAAAGGAGCUGAGGUCCAUAUAUCAUUGGAAAAGAAGUUCUUUUUCAUUUUUGUGGAUGUUGCUCAUGCUCUUGAGGAACUUGAUAAACCUGAGGAUAAUUGUAUUGUUGAAAACUUAAGAGAGCGCAAUGUUUAUGUAGCUCUUCAUAUACUUAGAUCAUUUUGAAUUAUGAGGAAGAGAGUUUUCUGUAUGUGACCCACCUGACCAUGUACUUCCGCGUUUGUUUCUGAUUUAAUAUAUUCCAUUUCCGCUA